UGCUAUGAUGCCUGGGCAGAUCCCAGACCCUUCUGUGACCGCGGGCUCUCUGCCAGGGCUGGGCCCCCUGAGUGGACUCCCCAGCUCGGCUCUGACCGCGGAGGAGCUGAAAUACGCCGACAUCCGUAACAUCGGGGCCAUGAUCGCCCCCUUGCACUUCCUGGAGGUGAAACUGGGCAAGAGACCCCAACCCGUGAAAAGUGAGCUAGAUGAGGAAGAGGAGCGGAGGAAAAGGCGCCGGGAGAAGAACAAAGUCGCAGCGGCCCGAUGCCGGAACAAGAAGAAGGAGCGCACGGAGUUUCUGCAGCGGGAGUCUGAGCGCCUGGAACUCAUGAACGCGGAGCUGAAGACCCAGAUCGAGGAGCUGAAGCAGGAGCGGCAGCAGCUCAUCCUGAUGCUGAACCGGCACCGCCCCACCUGCAUCGUUCGGACCGACAGCGUCAAGACCCCUGAGUCCGAAGGCAACCCGCUGCUGGAGCAGCUCGAGAAGAAGUGACCAUGGCUGGGAGGAGGAAGAGGGGGAGGAGGAGAAAGAGAGACGAAGAGGGGAGAGGAGGGGGUCCCAGAGGACCCUUCCCUGGUGUAUGACAAACUAUUCAAUGAGGCUCAGCACAGCCAGCACUGGCCAGGCUUUUUUGUGAAACUCAGAUCAGCCACACAGGGGAAGAGGGGGCUGAAGAAACCCAGAGGGACCAAGCGCUGAGACCAAAGUUGACCCAAGGGUAGGGCUGUCCUGCCUGGGGCCCAGCUUGAAAGAGGCAGGACAGAGGCAUCUGGGCCACAGAGAUGCCCACCCAGGCAGCCUCGACACUGCUCCAGACUCUCUGCCAGGACACCCACCUGAGGGACCUCCGAGCAGCCAGGAAAAGCCAUGAGUUGCGACCAAAAGGCAACUGAGGAUAGAACUCAGAGUGAAACUGCAAUCUGUCUGUCCCCAGCCCUGCCCCUGGCCCCAAUGCAAAGCCAGAGAGGGGCAUACUGGGCCCUCACACUCCUGGCCACUGGGUGCAGUGUAGCCCUGCCCAGGAGGUGGCAGCCGGGCGCACCCUCGCUGGCCCUGCUGGAGUUUGCUGUGGGCACUGAGGCGCGGGCGCCCUUCCAAAGCACACACUCACUGAAUGUUUACAGACUGGCUGUCCUGGCAGGGCUUUCAACUGCACAUGUUUUUUAUACUUUCUUUUUCUUUUUUUUUUUUUUUUAAUAUUU